ACAAUGAACUCUCUCCCAUGCGCGCACCUCCAGCUGACAGAGGUCAUCGGUGUGCAUGCUUAGAGAGGUUUAGUGCAUAUAGGCACAGUGGAUGGAUACGACCAAAUAAUGGCUAAAGAGCAAGGCGAAAGGAAAUUGUAGUUCUUUUUUUCCUUUCUCUCCCCCCCCCCCUUUUUUUUAUUUUUUAAGACGGUGCACUGUGCAAUUACGCAGAAAGUGACUUGCAUGUAAACGUAACUUAGCGGACUCAAAAGAGGUGACUCGAGCAGCUAUGGCUAUUCUGAUUACCACCACUUUGAUUGUUUUUGUAAAAGCGGCUCUUUAUGUGACAUUUACACGCGGCAUGGAAGCUGACUUCUGCAAACCAGUACGCGUGGAUCACCGUGCGCAUGGAAAACAUUUACAAAUGAACGAAAGACAAGUUAUUUUUAGGAUAAAUGCGUUCAAACGGGAAUUUUACCUCCACCUCCAGCCGGAUUCUAAUUUUCUCGGAGCGGGUAGUGUGAACCCAUUCGAGCCCAACGCAUCAACACCUGCAGACCUCAGGAAAUGCUUCUACUCUGGUAAUGUCAAUUUACAGCCGGACUCAUUUGCAGCGCUAAGCCUGUGUAAAGGUAUUAACGGGGGGUUUUACGAGAAGGGCAUGGAGUAUUUCAUCAGCCUCGCAAGAGGUGAGGAUGGAGCAGUCGAAGCUGGGGACUCUUCAUCUAAGACGCACGUCAUCCACCGCCGGAGAAGCUCUGCGCCUUUGGUCGGCAACUUCACCAGCAGGUGUGGAGUGACACCUGACUCCAACUUCAACACGUCCCUGGAAAAAUACAAGCAUAUGAGUGAAGUGGAGAUUGGAAGCUCGUCUGAAACUGUUUUGGAAAGCCUGGGGAGGUCCAAAAGAUUUACCUCCAUCCCCAGGUUUGUGGAGGUGCUGGUGGUGGCAGAUCCAUCCAUGGAUUCAUUUCACGGGGAUGAGCUGAAACAUUACCUCCUGACACUCAUGUCAGUGGCAGCCAAGCUUUACAAGCACCCCAGCAUCUUAAACUCCAUCAACGUAGUGGUUGUGGGCUUUGUGGUGCUAAAGGAAGACGACAGGGGGCCAAAGGUUUCAAGUAAUGCUGCCCUAACUCUGCGCAAUUUCUGCUCCUGGCAGAAGAAGUUAAAUAAACACAGCGACAAGCAUCCAGACUACUGGGACACUGCUAUCCUCUUCACCAAACAGGAUCUUUGUGGGGCCACAACCUGUGAUACACUGGGGAUGGCUGAUGUUGGGACCAUGUGUGACCCCAAGAGGAGUUGCUCUGUCAUUGAAGAUGAUGGCCUGCCGUCAGCAUUUACAACAGCCCAUGAACUCGGUCAUGUCUUCAACAUGCCCCAUGACAACGUGAAAGCAUGUGAGGAGGUCUUUGGGAAACUAAACGACAACCACAUGAUGUCCCCAACUUUAAUUCAGAUCGACAGGAGUCGUCCCUGGUCUGUGUGCAGUGCAGCCAUCAUUACUGAAUUUCUGGAUCGAGGUCAUGGAGACUGUCUGCUGGAUCAGCCCCAGAGGCAGCUGUCUCUCCCAGAUAACCUGCCCGGCUCUAGUUACAGUCUACAUAGUCAGUGUGAACUGGCUUUUGGGGACGGCUCCAAGCCUUGCCCCUACAUGCAGCCCUGCUCCAAGCUGUGGUGCACAGGGAAGGCCCGUGGACAGCUGGUCUGUCAAACCAGACACUUUCCCUGGGCAGAUGGCACCAGCUGUGGCACUGGCAGAGUGUGUUACCAAGGGGCCUGCACUGAAAGGAACACUACCCAGCAUAUCAAGGUGGACGGUAGAUGGGGUAAGUGGGGCGCAUUUGAAGAUUGUUCCAGAACUUGCGGUGGAGGUGUUCAGUUGGCCAGGAGAGAGUGUAACAACCCAAUCCCUGAGAAUGGAGGCAAAUACUGCUACGGCCUUCGAAUUAAGUAUCGCUCCUGCAACCUCAACCCUUGUCUUGAUGCAGUGAAGAGUUUCCGUGAAGAGCAGUGUGAGGCGUUCAAUGGCAUAAACCUGAAUACCAACAGACUGGGCUCAUCCGUGGUCUGGGUUCCAAAAUAUUCUGGCAUUUCCCCUAAGGACAAAUGCAAGCUCAUCUGCCGUGCCAAUGGGACCGGUUACUUCUACGUCCUUGCCCCAAAGGUUGUUGAUGGCACACCCUGUUCACCGGACUCCACUGCUGUAUGCGUUCAGGGGAGAUGCAUUAAAGCAGGCUGCGAUGGGAAGCUUGACUCCAAGAAAAAAUUUGACAAAUGCGGUGUAUGUGGCGGUGACAACCAGCGCUGCAAGAAGGUCUCCGGAAUGUUCACAAAACCCAUUCAUGGCUAUAACUUUGUGGUGAUGCUGCCUGUUGGUGCAACAAACAUCGACAUUCGCCAGCGGGGAUACCGAGGGAUCGUCAGUGAUGAAAACUACCUAGCAGUGAAGAACAGGCAUGGGAAGUACCUGCUGAACGGUAACUAUGUGGUGUCGGCUGUGGAGCGUGACCUGAUGGUGAAGGGCAGCCUGUUGCGCUACAGUGGCACCUCAACAUCUGUGGAGAUUCUUCAGUCCACUAGGCCGCUUCAAGAGGCGCUGACAGUGGAGGUGCUCUCAGUAGGGAAGAUGACCCCUCCAAGGGUGCGCUACUCCUACUAUCUUGCCAAAGAGAGUAAGGAGGAAAAGACCUUACGAAAAGAAGAGAAGAACCAUGCGGCCCAUAAUAGCGUCCUAUUGAAUGGCAACAAAGUAGAAGCCAAAAAAAGGGUGAUGGGGAAGCAGCCAGUAAAUCACUGGGUGACCAGAAGCUGGGAUGCAUGCACAGUGACAUGCGGUAGCGGCUCGCAGAAGAGGCUGGUGCAGUGUCAGAACACGGAUGGGAAUCCUGCCAUUGGUUGCGACAGUGCUGUCAGGCCUGUUGCUCUGAGAGCGUGUGGAGAUCCAUGUCCCAUGUGGGAUGUCGGGGCCUGGUCUCACUGCUCCAAGUCCUGUGGCAGGGGCUUUAAACGGCGGCCAGUGAGUUGCAUGACUGAGAAUGGUCUUAAUCUGCAGAGAGACCACUGUUCCGGAAGAAGGAAGCCUCAGGAGCUAGAUCUCUGCUAUCUGAGACAAUGUUAAGGCUGAGUCAAAUCGCAUUUGAGACAUGCCACAUCAUUCUCGAAGUAACUCAGUGGUUUUUGUUGGUUGAAAAUAGACUCAAAUGCACCGUUACUGCAUCUGACCGCGUGUUAGACCAACAAAAUAAAGUCACUGAUGGCAAACAGAGAAACCUGUUUUACUCUCCUCAACUGUCUAACCAGCUGAGGCAGGUUGGACUUUUUGUAAGUCUACCUCUUCCGGGACGUGAAAUACUGUAUGCCUCUCCAUCCAAAGGUGGUACCUAGCAUACAUGAGAGGAUGUUUUAAGAGCAGAAAACAAUGAAAGUUCAGCCAAACCAAUAAGAUUGAGAGCAUUGAGAGAGUCUGCUUGAACCCUUUGCUGUUAUUAAAAAAAGUGUGUAGCCUGUGAAAUUUGUUUUUUCUUUCUUUCUCAUUUUAGCGGAGAAACCGGUGGAAAUGUGAAACACAGUACUGUAUUGGAAAUAUUUCACUGAAAUUUAUUUUCCUGUGUUCUUCGUUUCAGUACUAUUGGCUACUAAACGAUUAUCUUAGUCUAGACUGCGAGAGAUACACUGUAGGUCUAACUGUCUAAUUCUGAUUUAGUGCCUAUGUCAGAUUCUUUUGACGAUUUACAUAUAUUUCCGAGUUACCCAUCUAUGAUAUCACCAUUUACAGAACACCUCUAACAACACAAAAUGCACAUAAACAAUUACACAAGCAUAUUAUUUCAUGACUCUUUCCAUCAUUGAGUUAGAUAAAUGCAGGUGACCUCUACAUUGUUUUCCUUAUUUAAGGUCCAUGCACCGCUAAUGUACCAUGUUUAGACCAUAUUUAGUGCUCUCUUUUUCCGCUAUAGAUUUGAUUUACAUUGGGCAUCUUAGUUUGUUGUUGCUGUUUUUUUUGUGUAGAGGCCCACAUAUACUUCAUCGAUUGGUGUAUUUCAAUGUCAGCCUUACAUUGACAGGAUAUAUACGAUCUGUCUGUUUACGUUGCAGUCCCAUUGGCAGAUGUCUGUCAUAUCAGAUUUGUAUCCCCAUCUGAGGAUAUCCAAUUCCAUCUCUUCUUUUUCUCUCCACGUGUGAUGUAUAUGACCAUCUGUGUUCAUUCAGAAAUGAGCAAGCUGACACUAAGUUGCUUGUUCUGUGCCACCAAAAAGCUAUGACCUUGGUGACCUUGAUCUGGGCCUUAGUAUUUUGAAGGUGGAAGAAGAACCACUACAUAACAAGCAGAAUCAACUUGAAGGUAUGGUUGCCAGUUCCAAUGCAUUCUAGUGUUCUAAUUAAGAGAUACUUUAUAAGUGAUUAAUCAUUUCUUAAUACAUGGUAGUCUUUAAAACCGGCGUGGUUCCUUCAUAUACUGUCCCUAAUCUCUAAGGUAUCUUAGAGAUUAGGGACAGAAAACAUAGUUUAAAACAUAGUUUUUUAAUUAUGAAUUAAUAUUUAUUCAGAUGUUUCUAGGUAUCAAAAUGAAACAGUAUUCACAGCAUAAUUUACUCUUAUUUUGUUUUGAAUUUCAAGUCAUAAAUAUUCAAUUGAUUAGUCAUAAACAAAAUAAUAGGUAAAAGUGUUGACAUUAGCUGCAUUGUUGUGGGUAAAUUGCUUGUGGCUGCUGUCUUUUCUGCAUGCUCUUUAGAUCGCUAAAUCAUGUUGCUGUUUCUUAGUUUUAAAAGCCUGCUGUAUGUCCAAUGCAGACAAUGCAAAGCCAUGUUGAAGCAUGAAUUUGAAGGGAACAUGAACGUAAAACCACACUCAAUCCAUAUAAGAUAUAAUGUUUUGCAUUCCAUGUUGCCAUUUUGCUUUUUUUUUUUUUUUUUUUUUUAAGGACUGUUUACAUUUCAUUGGGGAAACAUUGGCGUUCAUGUCAUAUGAGCUGUAAAAAUUGUCACUGAAACUCCAUGAUUUGUAUCCAUGGCGCAGAAAUGCUCUUCUAUAGAAGGUUAAAGGAGAUCAUUUUCACCUUGUCUGUUGUCUUUUUUGGUUUAGGGGGACAAAUCAUAGCAUCUAAAAGAUGGCAAUGUACAGUUAAU